UGUCGCCCGUGUUGUCUUCCGUCUAGUGCCGUUGUCGUCAUCCGGCUAAUGGCUGACGUCUUUCGCCAGCUGCCGCUACUGCUUCCCGUCGUCUUUUUGCUGGUCGUCGUCGUAGUGUUUCACGUGUGUUUCCUCGGGAACGCGCCGCGGCGUCGACGUAGACGAACUUUGCCGAUGAAGCCCGUCAGGACGGAUUCACGACAGGGAUCCCCCAGGGGAGGAGGGGAGCAGGUAGUGAGUAGGUGUGUCAUUGGAAGUUCUUCUUCGGUUUGUAGGUUGUCGCUGGGGGUCGGCAAUUCUGCAUUGCCCCCGCAUUUGCAACCCCUCCCAGACUCAUCUGAUGAGGAGGAGAGGGAGGGACGGGCACGCACUGUUCCGUUGGGUAGUGGAUCUACGCAGGAAUGGGCUUGGACGGAGCUGUGCGGUGGCAGUGUCGGCGUGCACGAGCAGUCCUUCACUGAACUGCUGCGGCCGGGUCUCGACGGGGAAGAACGACACGGCGGAGUGAACCUCUCUUCCGCAGUGGCAGGGACGAUCGACUUCCAUCUCCAGGAGCGCGCAGGGUCGCCCACAUUUCAUGCAGUCACUGUCUCCGGUGUCUGCUGCGUCCAACCUAGGACGUCGACGUGGCAUUGUUGUGGAGGGGGGGGCAACUUGGACGACGUCGGCGACGACCGCGACGGGAGGUUGUUGUGGGCGGAGCAACGACGGGAGCUGAGGGAGGGUCGAGAGGAAGCAAUCAGGCGGAGGGUGGAGCGUCUGAGGAUGGACAGGCAGGCGGAAGAAGUUGAGGAGCCAGAUGCGGGGCUUCCGUCCGAAGAAGACGACGACGAGAACAAAGGAGAAGGAGGGGACGGGAACGGGGUUCACGCCUCGCCAUCAGAGAACAGCGACAUGGGUGGGAAGGGCGGCAAGACGCAGGCGAAAAGCGGGAAUGGUCGUGGGCGGCCGAAGAAAGCACAAGCAAAGCCGAACGACGGUGAGGCAGAGGAGAAGCGAAACUUUUGGAGUGUCGAACAUAUCAUCGCCCUCAUACGGGCGAAACGCGAUCAGGAUGUGCACUUGCAGGGGAUGGGCCACGCGUACGGCCGGAUGAAGGCGAGGAAGUGGAAAUGGAAUGACGUCGCCAGAAGAUUGAAGAAUGUCGGUGUGGAGUGGAAGGCAGAGAAAUGCGGAAAGAAGUGGGACAACCUCAUGCAACAACUCAAGAAAGUUCAUCAUUUUCAAUCGUCGUCCGGGGGAAUCGACUUCUUCCAGUUGAGCGCGAAGGAGAGGGCGAGCAAGGGCUUCAAUUUCAACAUGAAUCGCGUCGUUUACGACGAGAUUGAAGGGUUGACCGGUUUCAACGAAACCAUCAACUCGAGAAACGUUGCAGACACUGGUGCCUCUCGCGGUGUGCGUUUGCCGUCCACGUCGAAUGGUGAUCCUGAAGCAGUUGGUGAUGCCGACGCCGGUGCAGGGGGAGACGAUGAGGAGGAGGGAUCGACUCGUGGUUCUUCCCAGACGACGGGCAGCCCUGGUGCGUUUGGAAAGAGGAAGAGCACGCGGCAGCAGACGUUCGAGGCAAUGACCGAUUGCAUGGAGAAGCACGGUGCGUUGAUGGCGGCCACGAUGGAGAGUGCCAGCRAGCGGCAAUGCAGCAUUCAGCUACGAYAAWGUGAGGCAUUAGAAGMUGAAGUGCAGGCUGUGAUCGACGUGUCUGCGAAGCGAUCCACUGCGCCGCAGCCGCGUGGGGAGGCAGUUCCGGUAGUGCGCGAAGUGGCGGACGGUGCGAAGGCGGGCGAUGGCGGGGCGGUCGGCGAAGACGACGAAGCCCUAGUGAACAAGCUGCGCGGGCAACGUGCAGAGGCGAAAGCGAUGGAGGUUACCGCGAGGCUAUGGACCGACGACAUUCGCUUCUGGAAUGAUACGCGGGGACACAAAAUCAUCCAGAUCAUACAUGAAGCCCGAGUUUACCUCGUUGACGUAGCGACGGGAGUGCAACCAUCGAUGAUCCGAAGGAGCAUCAACCUCCCCCAUAGUUCAAUCCCGCAGAAGAAGAUCGAAGACGGGUCGGAGUUGAGGGCGGCGAAGGAAAGGGCGUUAAAGGUGGGGAACAUUGCGAAGAGGGCGAUCCACGGCUGGAUUUUCAAGUCCGAUAGCAGACACAAGGGGUAUCACUUGGCGUACCAGUACGCCUUGAACCACACGGCGACAGACAUCGCCAGAGUGAUGUGGGUAUCGGAGGACUGGCGUUCGUUAGUCAGCCCGAUGGUGAUUCGUAACACGCUGGAGUUGGGUAUGGAGCUCCCUUUGUGGUUCGUCGGAGCGAAUGUGGUGGACAGGCACCAGGACGACGAGUGCGCGACUUACCAGGAGACCAUCGCUCAACGUUUGGUGUGCGAUUUCAACAAUGUGGUGGAGGCGGCGCAGGUGAUGGACUCGGGGCGUGUUUCUUACGAGCGGCUGAAGUCCCUGGCAGAGGCGAUGAGAUAUUUGCUGGCAGCGGCGGUGUGGAUAAUGAGGAUGGCUGAGGACGACUCAAGAUCGCACUACGACUCCUGGGUUUUCGUGCAGUUGACGGCGAAGACCACCCUUCUUGCUUCCAUGGAUCGCCAUUUUGACUCGCGUCGUCAUGUCUUGCAAGCCGCAACUGUCAUGACAGACAAACUGGGAAGACCGCCUCCGACCUUCGCUCCCCCCCCACUAUACAUCCCCGACUGGGCGUCCAAGUGCGGCGUCACGUUCAAUCACGAUGCGACUUUGUCCUCCCCGAUGGAAGCGACGAAGAUGGAGUGGAUCGACAUAGGCCCCCCUGAGGAGGAAGACGACGAUGACGAAGAUGUUGAUGGCGCCGAGGGUGGGUGAUAGUGGGAGUCGAAGUCGAAGGAUUGCCGGCGAGGGUGGGUGAUAGUAGGAGUCGAAGACGAUCGUUGGCGGCAGGGUUUUUGUGUCUUCUACACCCACACCGCCGACGAUCCUUAGGUUUGAAGUGCACAUACUUUGCAUCGUUUGGUGUCUACUCAUUAGGUUUUGCAGCGGACGACCGUGUAUUUCAUUUUCUGAUCGUCCUUCACAUUCCCUUUUAUCUGAGUUGUCGACCUCCAUUCGUUGUGGAAUUUGACGAAGCGGAGGCUUCGGUUCUGUUCUCUGAUUCGUCAACCAUGAUUUUUACGCGCUCAUUAUGAUUUUAACGUGUCGUCAAACGGUGUUCUUCUUUUACAUUCAAAUAAUGGGGCUCGUCUACUGUGUGGGCGAUGGGACAUGUGUCUUUCUUUUGGGGAUGUGUUCACUUGAUGGGGAUCACUACAAAAUGGACGGCAGGAAGUACUCAUGUUAACCCGAUUUCGACGACCAUCACUUGCGCCUUCAACAAACAAUCAUUGCGUGC